UUAAAAAUACAAUAAACAAACUGCAAUAUACAAAAUACAAAGGUGCACUUGGAAAAAAACAUUUCUCAAAACAAACUCAAAACAUUUGACCAAUUUACAUUAUUUUAGGACUGCUAAUAACAUAUAAUAUAUAUUUAUGUGUGAGUAAAUGUGAUUUUUAAUUUACCAUACUCUUCACCUGCAAUUUAAGUUACAUUUACCUGCCACAAUGCCACAUAGAGUCGAUGACAACAGUCUGUCUGCUCGUGAAUUGUAAAUAAAGUUUAAAAAAAAAAAAAACAGCACUGCCCCUGCACAGUACUUUUGGUCAACCCGUGCCUGCAGGAACUCAGUGCUCAAUGCUCUGGAUUUCUGUCCUGUACUGAAGACUGUAUUUUUCUUUGUGAAAAUUUAAUCAGUCGGAGGAUUUCAGUUAGUUUAAAAGAUAAAGGAUGGCGUGUUCUGCUAAGAAUUGUGUCAACAGACAUUGCAAAGAUUCAUCUCUGCAUUUUUUCCGAUUUCCUCUUCGUGAUCCUGAGCGGCUUAAGAUGUGGCUGCUCAACAUCAACAGGAAGGACUGGAUUCCAUCGACUUCUUCUCGGCUGUGUAGCCAACAUUUUGAGAAAGAUCAGAUCAUACUCAACAGAUAUGGACUAAGUAGGCUAAAGAGCAACGCCGUGCCAACAAUUUUCAAUAUUCCAAAUGCCAAGAAAAUGGAAGCAUCAGCGUGUCCUUAUAUUGCCGUCUUGAUAAAAGAGGAGGAAAUAAUUGAUGAAUCAAGUUUAGCUAGUACAAGUUUAGCUCAUACUGAACAUAACUAUGUCAAUAAACCAAUUGAAGUUAUUGUCAAAGAGGAACCUUCUGACAGUGACGAGCAGAAUGAGGAAGUUUUAGCAAACGAUAAUACCACUGCAAAUGUUGGAUGUUUAGACCACAAUUACAUCGUUGCUGACUCUCCACUGCUAUUGAAAAGGAAAAUGGGUGUUUUGCAGGUCAAGCUACAGGCAGCUCGUAAAAAGAUCAAAUUAAGAGACCAACGUAUUCGAAGGUUGCAAAAAAAAGUCUCAUCUUUGAAAAAUGCAAUUAGUUUUCUUGAAAAGAAUUUUCUGAUCCUCAACAAGUUUAAUGGUCUCCCACCUAAUGUGGUGUUGGUGGACUAUAAUGACCCAGACACCGAUGAUCGCCUCAGCCUUGGAGAAUAACCACAUAGGGACAAUAACAUAUGACAAAUGGACAUCAAAGAGAAGGAAGGAUCACAGUUAAUUGAAAAAAUAACUGCAUAUCUUUAUAUGUAAAAGUUUAUUUUUCUUUGUGUUUUUACUUUAGUUGGAGAACAGUUCUAAAUUGUCUUAUGAAGUUCUAACAGGACUCAGAUUUGUCAUGUGCAGAUGGUGUCAAAAGUGUCUGUUUUAAAUAAAGUUAUUUUCACAUUGUAACAAGA